AAAUUGCCCGAGGAGCAGGGGGCGAGAGCAGAGUGAGUGCGGAUAAUCUGUGAGUGAUCGGCUGAAGGAGCUCCGGAUCGCAGCCUUACCCCCACGACCAGGCCAGUGCAGCAUGGUGGCGGUCAGCUCCAAGCUGCUGCUUAUCCCGGGAGAGCAGCCGACGGGGCUGGAUGUGGGGCGGCAUGUGUCGCUGGUUUACCCGGCACAGGGUGGCCCACUACUCGCCCCCUCGCCCGCUCUCAGCCACUCGCACCGCAAACGGCAGCGACUCACACACCUCAGCCCCGAGGAGAAGGCGAUGCGCAGGAAGCUGAAAAACCGAGUGGCGGCGCAGACAGCCCGGGACAGGAAAAAAGCUCGCAUGUCCGAGCUGGAGGAUCAGGUGUCGGAGAUGGAGUCGGAGAAUCAGAAACUACAAAUUGAGAACAGACUUCUGCAUGAGAAGACCCACAGCCUAAUGACAGAGAAUCAGGAACUCCGACAGAGGCUGGGGAUGGAAGCUCUGGAUACAGAAAAAGAGAAGGUACUUCUACAGGCCAGGGUGGAUGAAAUGAGCCUGGCGGCCGGGUCCGCUGAGUCCGCAGUACUCAGACUACGUGUGCCUCUGCAGCAGGUGCAGGCCCAGCCGCUAGCCAGGCUGAUAACUUCCACAUGGAUACUGACAGCAUUGACUCUUCAGACUCUGAGUCUGAUCUCUUCCUGGGCAUUCUGGACUAUUUUGACCCAGAAACCUUGCUCAGAUUCACUGAAGGGUGCAGGCCCUUUGAGCUGGGAGAAUGUGCCUAUGGUGAAAAUGUUGGUUCCUUACCAGCCUCCACCUCUGUGUCUCUGGGGGCCCCAUCAACAAAGCUGGAAGCCAUUAAUGAAAUGAUCCACUCUGACCACUUCUACCACAAACCAUUGGCCGAGGCCAGCCUUGUCCAGAGCAGUGAAACUGGCGUCAAAAUUGAGCAAGCAUCUUUUGGUGGCACCAAUGAAGUAAUUGCAGAAGAAGCCCCUUUGCCAAUGGAGCUCAAAGAGGAACCUUUGGAAGAUGAGCUCAUCGCUGAACUGCGACUUGCAAACAACCUUUCAUCCA